AUGCUUAUGGUUGGUGCAGCGCAGCUGCUUCUCGUCACCAUUGCAUCAGCGACCCAGAUCUGCGUGUUGGAGCCAAAGCCGCUUCGCCGCUGCAUCGAAGCGGCCAGCGCUCUGUUUGCAGCUCCCGGCCCGGGCGACCGGCUCCGAGGGCGCCUGCUCUGGCAGGGCUUGGGCUGUGGGGAUGAGAGGCCGAGCCACGGCGAGGGCGCUCACGAGCCAGGAGAGAUUCAUUUCGUCCGGCGUGGGCGAUGCUCUUUUUCUGCGAAGUCGGCGGUGGCUGCUCGGCACGGUGCCAGCGCCGUGCUUGUGGCGGACUUCGAAUCGGCGCAGGACCACCAGGCCGCCGACACGCUCGUGGCCGGGUCACAAGGCCCGGCCGGGCGUGUGCCGCUCUGGCUGCUCGGCGCUGGCAGCGCGCGGCCGCUCCUCGAAGCCUUGGAAGCAGGAGAGCCGGUCCAGAUCGAAGUCGAAGUGGGGAAGCCGGCCGCUUCUAUCGUGAUGGAUGUCUGGCUGCCCCCUGAUGCUGGAACUCUCCUUGCAAGCCUGGCGCCGAAAGCGCGCGAUCUCCCGGGGCUGCGGGUCCGAGUGCACUUCCGUGUUGUGGCAGCUCCGGAGGAAGCGAGCCCUGCGCAGAUUGCUCGCCACUGCUAUGCUGGGCUCAGAGAGCUUUGUUCCGCCCGCGUUCUGCAGCAUUCGGAAACAACACCUGCUGCACCAUGGCUCCGCGAGGCCGUCUUUCAGCAUUGCUUGCUGCGCGGCUUUCCUGAACGAUAUUGGUGGAAGUAUGUGGAGAUGGCCAACUGCAGCUCCGACAGCUGCAGCCGGAGCUUGCUGGCACAGCUGGGCCUCAGCGCUCGCGAUGCGCGGGCGGUGCAGCAUUGUGCCGACUCGGAGGCCGCAUCUUUCCUGGAGGAUGACCGCGAAAGCGCACCUUGGGGUUCAGCUGAGGAGAUCGCCUUGCGCAUCAACGGCUGGCGUUACAGCGGGCCGCUGGAGGCUCCCCGUAUCCUUCGCACAAUUUGUUGGCAGUUGGAGCCCAGCGCCGUCUGCGAGGGCCUUCUGAGGAAGGAUGCGGAUACUGGGCACGGCCUUCUCCUAUGGCACUUGGCUGGCUGUUGCAUGCUGGCCGUCACAGCCGGUUGCAUCUUAAGGGGCCCGUUGAUGUGGUCGGUGAGGCGGCUGCUACGCCGCUUGGGCCACGUGAGCAAGGCAGCAUGA